AGAUCAAUCUUUUAUUCCUUUUCUUAACUUGCCAUUUUGUGGCAUUUAUUGCUUGAAAAUUUUGUCUGCAAAGUAGGCAACUAUGCAUAUAAGAAGGUAUAGGAAACCUUUUGACUUAACACUUGAACAGAGUUGCCUUGCAACAUUUGAGGCAAUUUUGAAACAGUCUUUAGAUAAAUAUUUUUCCAAUGAAGAUUUUUCUUCUGUAGAAAGUUACAUUAAAAGAGUAAUUCCAUCUCCUUGUUAUAAGUUCAUCAAGGAGAUACUACAUUUUGAGCACCAACCUUCAAGCAGUGGUGGAGGAGUCACAGCUUCACAGUACUAUAUCUACAACAGGACCUGCCUUGCCAACCUUUUUGGAGAAGAAUCAACAGAUAUUGUUUAUAACCACCUAAAUGCCAAGUCUCUUGAUUCUCUGGACUUCAGUAACUACAAAAAAGUUGUUAUGUAUGUAGAACCAAGCUACUUUGAUCAUAAAGAAGAAUACAGACUAGAGCCUGUGUUGCAUUAUAUGACCAACAAUGUGUGCACAAUGAUUAACAUGAUUAACUUAGAGAUGGUCCCUUGUGAUGAUGAGGUGCUAAAGAUCAUCAGCAAAACUUGUCAUCACUUGGAAGUGUUGUGUGUGGUGAACAACUCGUGCACUUCAGCUGGUCUCAUAAGUCUGAGCGGCUUCAACCCUAAUGAAGUACAAAAAUACAGCCAAGUGAAAGGACUUACUCACCAGUCAAAAACCGUGUGCAAAAAACUCAAAUACCUGAAACUUCCUCUAAUGUCUUGGGACAAUUCGGAAGCUGCUGCAAUUGUCCUCACUACUUUCUCAAACCUGGACGAGUUCGAUAUGGUGGUUGAUUCUUAUGCCAUAGCCAUAGCAUUCCUCAUCAUCUAUGGCCAUAAUGAAGAACGAUAUGAUAGCAUCACAAGUUUUCUGAAUCUGAAAUGGUUCGAGUGCAUGGUGGUGUUGUCGCCACGAGAGCUGGGCCUCAUAGUGAAGGCCUGUCCACUACUUGAAAGCGUUUCUCUCGUCUUCUCGAACUCUGCUCGUCUUGACCGAGAUAUUCUUGCUGAACUUUUACCAAUCAAGAAAUUAGAUGAGUUAAAUAUUUGCAAAGCUGAUCUUGGCGCUUUCAAAUGGUUCAUAAGUAAGAAAGGUAAGACUAUUACUGAUCUCACGUAUAAUUUUGAGCUCAGGGAUACUAUCAUCUCAUUCUUGAGCUUCAUUGCGGAACAUUGUCCUAAACUCAGCAAACUUCAUCUCAAAGGAGAGCUCAUGACAUCGGAAUUCGACAACGACAAUAGAGGAGACCUCAAUCGUGUCUCGCCGUACUGCUCUCUGCCCUUGAAAACGUUGAUGUUGCAUGUCGACAUCACCAAUCUAGUCAUGCCUAACUUUGUAAAUGAUCUAAUGUGGUUAUUAACACCUCCUCAGCUGGAAAAUGUCAGCUUUAAACCGUGGUAUACGCAUGUUCUCAGUGACAAUGCUGUCGACAAGCUAUUAAAAAGUCCAUUUUUUAAACGCGCCAAAAAGUUUUGGCACAAUGGCCUCAUCACCGGCAUGGCCAAUACACUCAAACUUCUUGAAGCUGCUCCGUUGCUGGAGAAAACUAAUAUUUGCUGCAAGGACGUAGAAUGCUUGAUGCUUGAAACGCGCCUGCCGAUUGUAUCGAAUAACUGGAUCAUUGAUAACUAACCGUGGUGCUCAUUUUACUGCUAUUUCGAGAUUUUAGAAUUUAUUAUUAUACCAUGAGGAUAUUAAGGUAUUUUAAGUGAACUUGUAUUAGAUAGGUUAACUCGGAUGUGCCUUAACUUAAUUUUGCUUCCAUUAAGUACUUUCUUAAAUCGUACAGUGGAACUGUUGAAUUUUUUACCUACAUAAUUCUCUCUCUUUCGCCGCACUUUAGUGUUAUUAAUGCAAUUCAUCUUAAAAAACAAAUAGAAGCAAAAGUCAUCUAUCUAGUGUUCUAGCUACAUGUUCAAUAUCCGCGUUGGCGCUGAGGGUUGGUGGCUUAGUAAGUCGUGACUGCGUGGCAUGAACUUCUUGAUGUCGCGAGCAACUUGCCCGCUACGCGAGGUCAAUUGUUGCCUUCUCUUAACAAUG